UCAACGGCUCCGCGCGGAUACUAGGCAGAGGUGAACCUCCUCCUCGAGCGGAGCAGCCGGGAGGCGAAAACUGACAAAGCCAGAUUUAUUUUUUAAUGACAUCGAGGGUGACAAGAGCGCGCAGAGACGCGCACGCGCAGCGGGAGUCUGUUGUCAAAACCAUGCGGCUCCAACAGGGGCCACAGGCUGAUGGUGCUGUCGGUCGGUUCGGUUCGGGUUAGACCAAACUCACAAGGAAGAUGAAGAUAAGAGGAGCGCUGCGCGCGUGCCUGCUGGUCCUGACCGCAGGAGCCUGCGCACUUCCCGCAAGGAUGACUCCCGCAGGCGCAGACAGAGCCCAUCCUCAGGUCACAUCUCAAGAGAACCCUGGAGUGGAGAGUCUGGGCCUGGAGGAACUCCAGCAGGAGAACCUGCUGCAGAUUCUUGCUUCUUCUCCAACACCCUUACUGCGCUGGUCCAAGCACAGUGGCGUCCUCUCUGCUCCUGCCCCUGAGGACCACCCAGAGUCCUUCUUCUUGGAUCUGAAGAACCUCCCGGUGCUGGGUCAUGCAGAUACGGGCUCCCAAAACCCCAACAUUCAGGUGACCAUCGAGGUGGUGGAGGACACUCCCACAGAGACAGAGGUGGAGAUGGACCUGGCAAAGGAGGGCCAGCGGAACAACUGGUCUGCAGAGUGGAUCAACAUCAACAAGAAGCUGUUCUGGCCUCUGUUCUGGGAGUACCCAGACCAGGCGGAGAACGAGCUGGGUGGAGCCAGCUCCCAGGAAGAGCCUGAGGAGUACAGCUACAACCCAGAGGACUCUGUCCUCAGUCAGGUGGGCGGAGGCUGGGCCCAGUACUGGAACAAAGGCUGGGAUCCCAAGGAUAAAUACGAGUACGAGGACUGGAGCGGCUGGGCUCCCUGCAGCGCCACCUGUGGGUUUGGGACCCAGAAACGUUCCCGUUCCUGUGGUUAUGCGUGCACAGCCACGGAGUCUCGAACAUGUGACCUGGAAAGCUGUCCCGACGCCGUGACAGCAGUGACAGAGGUGACGCCCUCCCUGACGAGCACGAGCACCGACUCAAGUGUGGACAGCUGUGAGAAGUGGCUCAGUUGCAGGAAUGACUUCCUGCAGAGGUACCUGCACCAGGUGCGCACUCAGCUCCCCAGCUGCCCCUGCUCCUACCCGUCUGAGGCCGUGUACAGCGCCGUCAACAUCCCAGAUGACCAUCUUCAGAGGACCUACCGCUGGAGAGACGCCAGUGGACCCAAAGAGCGGCUGGACAUCUACAAGCCUUCAGCCAGGUUCUGCCUGCGCUCCAUGCUCUCAUACGACAGCACGACGUUGGCGGCGCAGCACUGUUGCUACGACGACCGGAUGAGGCUGAUCACACGGGGAAAGGGAGCAGGGUCGCCGGAUUUGAUCAGCACUGAGUUUUCCCCAGAGCUUCAUUAUAAGGUGGACGUCCUGCCCUGGAUUCUGUGCAAAGGAGACUGGAGCCGUUUUCACUCCGUCAGGCCCCCCAACAAUGGGCUGGACUGCGAGGAAAACCCCCCCGAGCCCGUGUUCCAGACGGAGCUCAGAGAAGCCGGGGAGUUCUGAGCUACGGCUCGGCUCUCAUGACCCCCUGCUUCAGUUUGGACCAAGAACUGAGACGCCCCUCCCUAAAAAUCCAAUGAACUGAAGUCAUGGAGACUGUGAGGCUUUUACUCCCCCCCAGAGAAAAAGACGGCACGGCGCAGCUGAAAUUAGCCCAAAUUUGUCCCAUCACAAAGCUGGGUCUGGGAUGAGCUGAAUGGGGGUGGGGGGCACACGUGUGUGGAGUAAAUUCAACAAGAGUUGAACCAAACUUUGACAAAGCUGCUGAAACAAAAACAAAAUAAACAACAGAUACUGGAGGAUUUUUGGUCCUCAUUUGUGCAGAAAAACUUUUCAGCAAAAAUCCUGCAGCUCUUCCUUUCCUCCUCCUCCAGGGAAAGUCUGAUUCUGUGACGUUUGAAAACUGAACUGCUAAGGAGUUAAAAAUAAAUAAAAGCAAACCGAACAGCA